UUAUCAGUUAGUCACUUCUUAGUUAGCCAGGUUUUAAGGCAAUUUUAGUUAGGUAUUUGUCAUUAUCCUACUAAAACUGAAAAGUUACAAAAUCUGGGCACAGUAGGUUAUUAAAAAUUGCAGAUAAUAUAUUGGUUUUCAUCCAUCUUUUGGUCCGAAUUUGUUUGGCAAGGUACGGGAUUUGGACUAUUGCGAAAAUGUUUCUGGAGCUAGUGGAAAUUACCAUGGAUUUCAAAACUCAAUUUUUGAAUUUGAAUGGUGUGCAUUACAAAGAGGUGAAAACGAGUUUCUACAAAUUGUUACACUGCACAGAUCCUCUAGUUCUCGUCCAGCAGCUUCCUGAUAUUCAGCCAAAAAACCACCUGCAGAGAAUUUUCUAUGUAGAUAUUUUAAUCCGGGCGAAACAAGUGAAGGCACUGGUCAAAAUUUUACAAGACGGCAACGUGGUUCUAGUUAGCAAGAUAUUAAAAGAGAAAUGGUUUUUUGAGGAAGCAUUUAAGGCGAUGAGCGCAAGCGAGAUUGUUAAUGAUUUCUUACCGACCCUGUCAUACCCCAUAAAAAUGAAGUUGCUGAAAAAACUCGCGUUGAGCCUUAGUGAGGCCAGGAUGGACGAAGUUUUCGAUUGUUUACUUCAAAGAUAUGGACUAUUCAUUGCAAAACAGUUUCUCUUUAGCUGCUCUGCUCCCAAAAUCCAGCAAGUUUUACGAGACAACGAAAUCACUUUAACCGUCGAGCAACUUAGACGACUUUUAGCUAAAAAUAGUGAUUUAGUAAAGAGCUACAUGGAGAGCUACAAGAAGCACUUUGGGCACGACUUCGACAACUACAGCUUUCUGUCUUACGUAGCCGCCAAGCGCCCUCAAUUGUAUUUCGAAUUCGGAAUGCAACAUAUUGAUCAUGUGAAAGUGGGGCGACAAACUACCAAAUCGUUGCUGCGACUCAACAAGGAUGAGGCACUGAAAAAUGAGAAAACUGUCUUGGCCAGACUGAACAACAGUGUUGUGGCCAGACAAGUACAAGAGCAGCAUUUGCACAAAUACCUGCCCGAAAAACUGAAUAUUACAUUGAAUACAAAGUUGCUGAGAUUUCUCAAAAAAUUUCCACAGAAGAAGCGAAUGUCAAUAUUGUCAAUGUUGUUCCAGAAGACUCACAAUGACGACAUUCUAAAUCAUCUGGCCUUGUUCCAGGAAUCUUUUGCCGCAGUUUUUCCCCAAGAUGUUCGGCGAACUUGGGCCAAACUACUGUUUGAGAAAACCAAUGAUUUCGCCUUUAUCAUUCAUUUUGAAAGCAGGGAAGGUUUUCGGCUGAUAAAGGAGAAGAUUGAAGUAACUGCUGACAAAAGCACCAGACGAGAUUUGCUGGCCUACUUGAUUGAAAUGUGCCAUGCAAAUAAAGAUUAUCAUUGCUACGAAAGCGUGCUAAGGUAUAUUAGCAUUCGUCAUCGCAAUGAAGACACCUGCAUCAGGCAACAGCUGCUGCACAAAAUCGGUCGAACGAUUGACGACGAUUUAACUACCGAUGGUUUCUGGGAUGCUGUGAAAGAACUCGUUCAGUUGGCUCGCGCCAACGGCGAUUCCCCACCGAGUCAGUUACUCUCCCGACAUCUGAUCUAUCUGUAUAACAGGAAGCUACCCAUAGAAAAAGACCUCGCGCUCUUUAUCAGUGAUGCCAAGACGGUGUGGCGCCACUUCGAUCGACCAGUCAUAAAAAAACACAUUUUAGAGAAGUCGGUUGAACUAGUAGCAGGGGGAAAUCUACGAGACCAACAAGCAGAAUUGCUAAAAACUCUAUUUAAGGAAGUAGUCGACUUUAAUGCUAAGCACCCGGACCAGCUAAUCCAGCUCAAUGAAUGCGCAACUGUUGUUAAGUGCAUUCGAGAGCUCAUUGGCGACAACGAUAACGAAACCUUCAGGCUGUGGAUGCGAUACAAUAACAAUUGCCACUGGAAUUCUGAGUCAAUUUUAGAGAUUGGUACGAAUGAUCAGAUGUUAACUACGAUUCAGAGUCAGUGUUCCACGGAGUGGAAUGAUGAUGUGCUGAGAGAAGCCAUCACCCAGCCAAGGAAUUCCGCUGUACAGGAAAACUUACUAGAUUUUUUCUUCAAACGCCCUGUUUACAACUACUCUAUGUACGAAAGCAUGUCUGAGCGGCCGAGGGCGAUUCGGCACUUUUUGGAGAAAGAACCUCGCGUGAUUGCCAAGUACUUCCAUCAAAUUAUCGAAGACGGCAGGGGCUGCCGUGAGUUCGAUGACUAUUCCCUAUUUAAGCUGUAUAACCAUCUGGGGCUGGACUCUGAACUAGUCGAAGCUUUCUCGCCUCUAGUGUCAGCGAGCAUUAAAUUGGAUUAUAAAUCAACUGUUAUCAAGGCAUUGUCUCAAGUUAUGAGUACCAACGAUUUUCUACCCUUAAUCGCCGAGUAUGUUCCGACAAAGGCGAAACUGGACAUUUGUGACGAAAAUCAAAAUCAGCUUUACUCGACCCAGCGCGAUGUCGCAAAAUAUUUAAAAAAUCUUGAAGACGUUGUGCCUUUAGUGCCCCUGUUGGAACAUUUUUGUCAAGGAGAUUAUUUUCAAGUAAGUCGCCCUUUACUUUACAAGGUUCUGUAUCGGGUCAGUGAAAAGCAAGCAACCGACAUCAUCAAACUACUAAUGAGAAAAGCUGUUUCUGUUAGAAAACACGCCGCGUAUUUUGGCUUUGCAUUGGCCAAUCACAGCACCGCGAUGCAGGUGCUCCAAGGGUUCAGCAAGGACGAAUUGGUUCGAAAGUAUGUCACUAAAGGAUUGUUUCAAUACUGUAUAAAAAACCCUACGUUGCCCACUUUGAACAUGUUGCUUGCCUGUUUAGAACAUAUCAAUAUGAAGGACACGGAACUGAUCGAUAUAUUAAUCCGAUCAUCGUCCAAGCUGCCCAAACAGUUCCAACCCGCCUUGAUGAUGAAAUUCUGGACAACUAUUGAACAAGACGCAGUGAAUGCCAAACGUUUUGGACCGAAUUGGAGUCUGCAAAUCGGUCGUUUUAGUGACGAUAUGUUUUUGAAAUUUCCAGAACCUUUUUGUGGUCAAGUGAUUGGAAAAUAUUUUCUGUCUGAAAUUAGCUUCGAUGGUAUAAAUACUUUUGUCUGUAUGUACUUGUCAGUAUACCAAAAGCCAGCCCAUUUCAUUGAAGUGUUUAGCAAGAUUUCGACGCAUAAAGAGCUGCACUGGAAUUCAAACAACUACAAUGAGCAGGGCAACAUUUUUAGCUUUUUUGCACGAGCUUACAAAAUGUUUCCAAAUCGAUCCAUAACUUUCCUCAAUUUGUUUAGAGACCAUUGGAAACGGCUAUUUAGCUAUGAGGAGUGUUUUGCCGAAAAUCUAGGACUAGAUUUGAUGCUCAUCUACAUGGAGUGUCCCCGUAUCGAAGAAUUUGCCAACAAGCUGCAUGGUAUACUGCACGGGAUGAUCAAUCUUUAUGGCACCUACAUAAAUCACUUGCUUCUUGACGGCUUGACUUUUCUAUUCCAAGAGUCGCGAGUUUUUGGGCUUUGUCAAGUGGCUUUGCAGCUUUUACAAAUUGAACCCACAGAGCUGAAUUGCUUUCUGGCAGUUAAUAUUGCUGAAAAGGCCUCCUUACCGACCGAGGAAAAGGAGCAAAAAGCACUUUUGAGCUGUUUAGAAAAAGUGGACUACUUUUACGUAAAAGUGCGUUACAAUACAUUGCAAAAUAGACUCUCCAAGCAGCAAUGAUCUUAUAAUAGGACCCAUAGGGAAAAUGGAGUUCACUUUCUCUGUGAUGGGGCCUAGUUUUGUUUAGAUCCUUGCGUUUAGCCUCCUAAGGGACUCUCAUACCAUCUCUGGGUCUGGUGUGGUCUUUCCUACCGAUCUUCGUGAGUUUGGUUUUUGCGACUUGGCCCGGUUUGCCCAUUUUUUAUCUGGUAUUCAAGGACCGAUUCUGAAAGAGCUGCAAUUUUUUUGUUUUUUUAUUUUUAGAUUUAUUGCGUAAAUUACAACAAUAGAAUUACCGAUUCAGUUUCGCAUUGUAUUCUCUCUCAUUGGUGCAUUUGGAAUUUAUUUAUUUAUAUAAAUGUGAUACUAAC